CCCGCCCCCAGGACUACUUCCCGCCGCCGUCCGCGCACCCUCCGCUCCUCCCGCCAGGGCUGUCUCCCGAUCUAUCCUGGUUGGCGCAGUCUCCACGCGCCCGCCGUGGAACAAAGCCGCUCGCACUCGAGUUCUCCCUACGGUCCGGACACAUAGUAUGAUCUUUAAGUGUUUAGUCUCCCAGCUGUUUUCUAUGGAAAAUCAAGGGGAUUGGACCAUGAUAGCCACUGGCAGCUUUGAAGAAUGGGACGUCUUUAGAGAAGCUUGAUCGUGGAGGCCUCAGUGUGAGACCUCACAGCACCACGCCGGAUUCCGGCAGAGUUCCUCUGUCUCGUCUUGCUGGUUGAAGGUGCCCCCUUCUCCAAUUUUCUUCAUCUUCUGGGACCAUAAUAGGAAAUCAUGGUUGGGUUCAAGGCCACAGAUGUGCCCCCCACAGCCACUGUGAAGUUCCUGGGGGCUGGCACAGCUGCCUGCAUUGCAGAUCUUAUCACCUUUCCUCUGGACACUGCCAAGGUCCGGCUACAGAUCCAAGGAGAAAGUCAAGGGACCGUGCGCACUGCGGCCAGUGCCCAGUACCGUGGUGUGCUGGGCACCAUCCUGACCAUGGUGCGCACCGAGGGCCCCCGCAGCCUCUACAACGGGUUGGUGGCCGGCCUGCAGCGCCAGAUGAGUUUCGCCUCCGUCCGCAUCGGCCUCUACGACUCGGUCAAGCAGUUCUACACCAAGGGCUCUGAGCAUGCCGGCAUUGGGAGCCGCCUCCUGGCAGGCAGCACCACAGGUGCCCUGGCUGUUGCCGUAGCCCAGCCCACGGAUGUGGUAAAGGUCAGGUUCCAAGCUCAGGCCCGAGCUGGAGGUGGCCGGAGGUACCAAAGUACUGUGGAAGCCUACAAGACCAUUGCACGCGAGGAAGGGUUCCGAGGUCUCUGGAAAGGGACCUCGCCCAAUGUUGCUCGUAAUGCCCUUGUCAACUGUGCUGAGCUAGUGACCUAUGACCUCAUCAAAGAUGCCCUCUUGAAGGCCAACCUCAUGACAGAUAACCUUCCAUGCCACUUCACGGCUGCCUUUGGGGCGGGCUUCUGCACCACCAUCAUUGCCUCCCCCGUUGACGUGGUCAAGACGAGAUAUAUGAACUCUGCCUUGGGCCAGUACCACAGCGCUGGGCACUGUGCCCUUACCAUGCUCCAGAAGGAGGGGCCCCGAGCCUUCUACAAAGGGUUCAUGCCCUCCUUUCUUCGCUUGGGGUCCUGGAAUGUAGUGAUGUUUGUCACCUACGAGCAGCUGAAACGGGCGCUGAUGGCUGCCUACACCUCUCAGGAGGCGUCCUUUUGAGCCUCUCCUGCUGCUGACCUGAUGCCUCUGGCUUUGCCUUCAUGUCUCCCAGGGCCCUGCUUCCCUUCCCUUGCCCUGCCUUUCCCUCUUUGUCCUCCCUCUCCUUACCCCUUCCUUUCCCUCACCCCACCUUUCCAUGCCUGAGUCUAGUGGCUCCAUGGAGGGGAGACCUGACCCUUGCCCAGCCCAGCUGGCUUCCUUCACCCAUAAAGCAAGCUUAACCUUG